AACUUUUUUUUCAAAAAUCAAUAACUUUUCAUUUCUAACCCUAACCCUAAGUUCCCUAACUCCCUCACUCUCUCUGUCUCUCAGAGUCUGAGCCGACACCCUCCCAGGCCCAGCCUCCCUCCCUCACUCUCUCAGGAGACCACCACGUCCACCAGACGCCCACCGCCCUUCUGCACGCUGCAUCAGCCACCACGCGAAAAAUCCGGGCAUUAUAAGUUUGUUUUGUUUUUUUUAAUGUAAAUCUAAUUAUAUUUGGGUAUUUUGUAUUCGAAAUAUUGAAUUAAGUGUGAGAAUUUAUAUGUUUAUUCAUGUUUCAAUUGCUUAUAAUGAUUGUUUGAUGUUUGCAUGUUGAAUUUCUUUUUUUUUUUUUUUUAGUUCAUUUCAUUCGAAUUCAUGUUUUUUUUUUUUGGUUUUUUUGAGUUUAAAUAACUGUUUUCGAUUUCAUUUAGUAUGUUAGUUCAUUUGUUUCGAAUUCUUGUUGAAUUUUGGUUUCUUUCGAAUUGUGAAUUUAAUUUCUGUUUUUUCUUUUUUUUUUUAUUUUGGGGGUGGAGGUAUUCGGGGCUGGAUGCUCUAAUGGUGAUGAUUCUUGAGGUGGGUCGAAGAGUAGAGCAACGAAAUGGAAGGGGAAGAUGAACAGGAUUUGUAGGUGAACUUAUUUAUUUCGAAGACAUGGCUUCAGUUUCUGGUAAAGAAAAGAAAGAGAGGGAGAGAAUACUUUCUAGAAAAGGAACAACUGUAAAUCCAACAAAGCCGCCUGAAUUUGGUGCACCUAAUCCUCUAGAUUACGUAGAACAAUCCCUCUAUGAAUCAUUUAAGGAUCAAGAGAAAUAAUUUCAAGAUCCACUCUAUGAUGAACAGCAAAAGAAAGAGAGAAUGGAUAAAGGGAUUGACGGUCAUCGUGUGCAUAUUAGAUCUGAACCAGUGAUUGAGGUUCUUUCUGUGAGUCUCUGCAACCUAAACCAAAACGAUUGCACUUUGAACGCCAGCAACAAAGACGCAUGGGAGAUCUAUGGUACUGUUUAUGUCCAUGAUGGUAUGGAUCAUAUGGGUAUAGGCAGCAACCGUAUUGUUUUUUUUCAUCGAGAGGAGGAUGUUGAUGACCCGGAGAUCAUCCCUUUGGUUGGUGGUGCCUUAAGCCUAACUGGGCCUGAUAGUGUUAUGUCAAUGGUUAAACCAGUUAUUGGCAUACAUUUAUCAGACAAGCUUACAGGUGAAACCCUCAUUUUUAACUAUGUUCCUUUGCUCAAGACUACGGAUACGGCCGGACAACAUCAUCAGUUAGAACAAUUCCACAAAAUUACUGUUCCUGGUACUGCUUGUAGUGCUGAGGUGGAGUAUCUUGGUCUAACAUUUGGUGUUUAUGCCCAUGUCAAGGUCCAACUCGCUAAGCAACAAGUUGUGAGAAGUGUAAGCUAUGAAGAGGAUGAGGAAGAUGAGGAAUAUCUUGAUAUUUAUGGCACAAUUUCUGCUGCAUAUAAUCUUUAUUAUUCAGAAAACAAAGUUGAUUGCAUUAAUCUUUUUGAAAUCAAGGAGGAUUCUGACAAGUCUGAAAAGGUGAGAAUUAGGUUUCCUGUUACUGAAAUUACACUGUCCAGAUCUGUGGUUGCUGUGCCUGCGUAUUCACUUCUCACAAUUCAAAUGAAAUUAUGGGAUCGUGCUAAAAAUGAGUUAAUUGUUGAGGGCAGCUAUGACUUUGAAACGUGUAACUAUCCUACAAAUAUGAUUAUUUUUGGCCAAAAUUGUAUAGAUGCUAAAGUGACUAUUCAUUGGAGGGAACCAUUUCGUCUGGAUGAACCACUUAUCAAACAGCAUGAAUUUGACCCUCAGGAAUCCCUCUCUAUCCUGCCUAACUCACCAAGUAUCCCAGUAUUUCCUGUAGCAGAGGUGUUUUUUGUAUUUAUCGGUCGCCAAAAUGAGGAGCAGUUGAAUCUCUAUGGCAUGGUUAACUUUUGCAGCACCUAUGGCGUAUUUAAUCUCUUCAAAAGAGACAAAACUGAUCCUGUUAUCUUAUCCCCUGGCUGCAAUUUAUUACCUCUAAAAGGCCCUGGAGAUGCUCUCAUACCAGGGGACAGUUUUUAUGUGUCAGUAGACCUUGAGGAUGUUGAGGGUCGUGUGUCGAUCAAAGGGCUAGCUCACUCGAGUGUUGGAAUUGAUAAACAUUUGAGUUUUUGGCAUGAUUGCCUCUUGUGCUCAGUUAUAAGAAGUGUGCAAGAGCAUAGCUUUGCGGCUAUACAUUACACGGUCUUCUCUCAUGCAUUGAAGGCUACACUAAAGAUUCGUUUCCUUUUCAAUGGUGAACAUUCUACUCAAGCUUGUUGCAAAAUUUAUGGUAAUCUUGUUGUUAGCUAUGGUGAAUAUGGGUACGAAACGCCUUAUGAGAAAUUAUAUCAUUGGAUUGUACCGUGUUUGCUAAUUAUAGUAUAACUUGUAAUGUAUUGUACUUGGGCCUAUUCCGAAUCCUCAGAUAUCAAUCUAAUCCGAAAAUUUCAGAUAUUCGAAAUCUUUCGGAUUGGAUAUUACGGUAUCCGUUAUCCAAUAUCCGUUAUCUAAUAUUAA